AAAUUGCAUCAACUUUCAUUUUCUUAUUUUCAAAUUGCAUACAGAUAUGAUUUUCCAUCAUUCAGGAGAAUCUAGGGUUCGAGAUGGCUCCCAAACCAAGCGAGAGCGAGACCAAGAAUGGAUCUUCAAGCGAAACCCAAUCGGCGGAGGCCAUGGAAAUAUCCACGGGCGAUGACUCUUCUUUGCUGGGGAAACGUAAGGUCGAAGCCACCAACCUGGAGGAUCCCGGUGAAAACGAAGAAGGUGUGGACGACGAGGAUCUCAUAGAUGAGGAGGAUAAGGAUAGUGAUAGUGAUCCCGAAUGGGAUAAGGAUAGCUUCGAUGGCCGGGAGUAUCAUUCUUCUGAUGAUGAGAGAGAGUAUAUCGACAAGGACCUUGAGAAGAAGGCCCGUUUUUACAGGCGCACGGUCAUCGAAACCAAGGAAUUCCCACCUUACCUCUGGGGUGGAAUUGCUACAGUCCCUGGUCUGGAUAAAAAGAUGCGUAGUACAGGUGUGACAGUUCGUCAGUUUCUAGCAAACAUGGCAUCUCUUUGUCUUGACAAAUAUAACAAACAUAAGGGAUUUAAUGUGAAGUUGGAGCAUGUUUUGAGGGCAAAUUUCAACCCAGGGGGCAUCACAACGUACUACAUCACUUUUGCUGCAAGAGAGUAUGAUUCUCCUGAUGCACCUCUAGUGGAGUAUCAAGCUAAGGUGGAUUGGGCUGCAGGCGGCAAGACUUAUCCCAUCCUUUGCAGACCCACUUCUCCACCUAAAAUUGAUGGUGAAGUAUACUGGUUCUGGGUUUGUUCGGUAAUCGACAUGGCUCCAAAAUCAAGCGAUGGCGAGGUGAAUGAUGGAUCUUCGAGAGAUCCAGAACUGACGGACCCAUUGAAACUUCUACCGGCGUUGCCUCAUCAUCGUUACUGGGAAGCGCAGGCCGAAACUCCCAACCCUGGUUUGAUGUCCAAGUUUUACAUCACGUUUGCUGCAAGAGAGUUUGAGUUUCCAGAUGCACCUUUAGUGGAGUAUCAAGCUAAGGCCGCAUGAUCUGUAACCAACAAGACUUAUCCCAUGUUUUGUAGACCAAGCCCAAUUCAUUGUGUGUUAUAAGGUUUCACAUGUAUUGUUUAUUUUCCCCAAUCCUUGCUCAUGUAUAUUUUCCAAACUAUCAUGGUUAACCAAAAUAUCACUAAUAAGAAAUACAUAUAUAGAAAGUGC